AUGAGUAUAAAUAUGAAACUGGUGCUAGAAACUACCAAGAAAUAUAAUGAGAAUUUAAUAAAAUGCAUUCGGAAAAACAUUAUUAUCGAAUCUAUUUUAUUUAAAAAAGACGGAUUUAAGGAUAAACUUAAUGAAAUAGAACUAAAAUUAAUUUGCAAACUGAUAAUGGUUAAAUAUCCCAAUAUUAUGUACCCCACACCCAAACAUUAUUUCUUGUUAAAAAAAUAUAAUUUACAACAUAUAAAUAAGUCGUUUUCCAAAGAAGAUGUGUUUUCUAUGUUAUUCAAAUCAGUAAAACCGAUUUUAUAUAAAGAUAUUCUCAAUUGUUUACAACAUGAAAACUGUAACAAUAAAAUUGAAAGCGAAUGCAAAGAGACUGUUCUUGCAUAUAGUGAUGAAGAUAUUUUGAAAAUAUAUAAGAAAUUCAUAAAGUCUAUUUUAACCCCAAUUGGGGCAAAAAAUAUAGAACUAGUAUUUACAGAAAUGUACAAUUUUACAGAUUUAUCCCACUACUUUUCAUGUAUGAAUAAGCUCCCCCCUAAAUCUACUAUUGUAGAUGAUUAUAUUAAAUUAUUCAUUUAA